AUGAAUUAUCUCGAAAUUAGAAUCAGCAAACCUCGUGAAGCAGUAAAAAAGAUGAAAGUGAAAACAGAUGAAGAAAAGAAAGUGGAAAUGAAAUCAACAGCAACGGAUAAACGACAUAAGCAUGAGCAUGACGAACCUUCGGAUACGAAUCUAAAUGAUGAGAAAGAUGAGGAUGACAAAGAUGAAAUUGAUAUUACACAUAAGGAAAUCGAUCAAGAAAGUAAGAAAGACGCAAAGGAUAAGGUAUCAGAAGCUCGAACGAAAUCUACCGAUAGUGAACCUGCCAUCAAAGCAAUUGAUUCCAGUUCAAAGGAGGCUGGUACUCCACUGCGAUCGAUGGGAAUGGCUGAUGUGGGAAAAGGUGGUGAGGAUAGUUCAGGAACAGAAGGCAUGGAUUACGCAGCUAGACAAGGAGCUCGGGAAGUUGGAAGUGCAGGAGGUGAAGGAUUAAGAGGAGAGGAAGAGAAAGAUGAUUAUUCCAUGCCCAACCAAGGUUUUGGAGCUGGAACUGGAGCUGCACCCGGAGCAAAGAGAGAAACAAGUGCCUAUUUCAUACCGGAACGAGAUUUUGGAGCUGGAAGUACAGCUAGAGCUGGGACUGGAACUGGAGUCGGGGUAGGAGGAGAGAAAAGUGCCUAUUUCUUGGCAGAUCAAGGCGUUUCUGGUUUUGGGAAAGGUGGUAUUGCAGUUGGAGCUGGAACUGGUAGUACAGUUGGAACUGGAAUUGGAGUUGCAAGCAUAGCUGGAAGUGCAGUUGGAGUUGGAGCAGGUGGAGAGAAAAGUGCGUAUUUCAUGCCAGGACAGGAUUAUAGAGCUGGAAGUGCAACUAGAGUUGGAACUGGAGCUGGAGCAGGAGCAGGGGGAGAGAAAAGUGCCUAUUUUUUGCCAGGUCAAGGUGUUUCUGGUUAUGGGAGAGGUGGUGUUGAAGUUGGAGCUGCAAGUACAGCUGGAGGUGCAGUUGGAGUUAGAGCAGGUGGAGAGAAAAGUGCCUAUUUCAUGCCUGGACCAGGCGCUUCUGGUUAUGGGAAAGGUGGCGCUGGAGUUGGAGCUGGAAUUGGAGCUGCAAGUACAGCUGGAGGUGCAGUUGGAGCUGGAGCUGGAGCAGGGGGAGAGAGAAGUGCUUACUUCAUGCCUGGGCAAGGCUAUGGGAAAGGUGUUGGAGUUGGAGCUGGAACUGGAGCUGCAAGUACAGCUGGAGGUGCAGUUGGAGUUGGAGCAGGUGGAGAGAAAAGUGCGUAUUUCAUGCCUGGGCAAGACUAUGGGAAAGGUGGCACUGGAAUUGGAGCUGGAACUGGUGCUGCAAAUAAAGCUGGAAGUGCAGUUGGAGCUGGAGCUGGAGCAGGGGGAGAGAGAAGUGCUUACUUCAUGCCUGGGCAAGGCUAUGGGNGAGUUGGAGCUGGAAUUGGAGCUGCAAGUACAGCUGGAGGUGCAGUUGGAGUUGGAGCAGGUGGAGAGAAAAGUGCGUAUUUCAUGCCUGGGCAAGACUAUGGGAAAGGUGGCACUGGAAUUGGAGCUGGAACUGGUGCUGCAAGUAAAGCUGGAAGUGCAGUUGGAGCUGGAGCUGGAGCAGGGGGAGAGAGAAGUGCUUACUUCAUGCCUGGGCAAGGCUAUGGGAAAGGUGUUGGAGUUGGAGCUGGAACUGGAACUGCAAGUACAGCUGGAGGUGCAGUUGGAGCUGGAGCUGGAGCAGGGGGAGAGAGAAGUGCUUACUUCAUGCCUGGGCAAGGCUAUGGGAAAGGUGUUGGAGUUGGAGCUGGAAUUGGAGCUGCAAGUACAGCUGGAGGUGCAGUUGGAGUUGGAGCAGGUGGAGAGAAAAGUGCGUAUUUCAUGCCUGGGCAAGACUAUGGGAAAGGUGGCACUGGAAUUGGAGCUGGAACUGGUGCUGCAAGUAAAGCUGGAAGUGCAGUUGGAGCUGGAGCUGGAGCAGGGGGAGAGAGAAGUGCUUACUUCAUGCCUGGGCAAGGCUAUGGGAAAGGUGUUGGAGUUGGAGCUGGAACUGGAACUGCAAGUACAGCUGGAGGUGCAGUUGGAGCUGGAGCUGGAGCAGGGGGAGAGAGAAGUGCUUACUUCAUGCCUGGGCAAGGCUAUGGGAAAGGUGUUGGAGUUGGAGCUGGAAUUGGAGCUGCAAGUACAGCUGGAGGUGCAGUUGGAGUUGGAGCAGGUGGAGAGAAAAGUGCGUAUUUCAUGCCUGGGCAAGACUAUGGGAAAGGUGGCAUUGGAAUUGGAGCUGGAACUGGUGCUGCAAGUAAAGCUGGAAGUUCAGUUGGAGCUGGAGCAGGGGGAGAGAGAAGUGCUUAUUUCAUGCCUGGGCAAGGCUAUGGGAAAGGUGUUGGAGUUGGAGCUGGAACUGAUGCUGCAAGUAAAGCUGGAAGUGCAGUUGGAGCUGGAGCUGGAGCAGGGGGAGAGAGAAGUGUUUAUUUCAUGCCCGGGCAAGGCGUUCCUAGUUAUGGGAAAAGUGGCGUUGGAGCUGGAACUGGAGUAGGCUCUGUAGCUGGAGCAAUAAGAGGGGGACAGAAAAGUGUCUAUUUAGUGCCUGGACAAGGUACUGGAACAGGAACGUCUCAGGAAUACAAAACAAAAAAGCUAUAA